GAACAGGCCGCCAAGGGCGGGGCGAGGAAGCGGUGGCCGCCCGGGUCGCUGAAGCUGCGGCGGUGUCUCAACCCCUGCCGCUUCUGUCCGUCUGUCCUCGUGUCAGUCCGCCGCCCAGCCAUGGCUGCGUGGGUCCCCGCGCCACGGAUCCUGCUGCUGGUGCUGCUGCUCCCCCCGCCUCCAGGUGCCCACAGUGAAGUAUGUGUGGCUUCCCGUGGACGCAAAUUCUUCCCCGAGUCCUGUCCUGAUUUCUGCUGUGGCAACUGUUACAACCAAUACUGCUGCUCUGAUGAGCUGAAGAAAUUUGUGGGCAGCGAGGGAAGCUGUGCCGGGCCUGAGGCCAGUGUGUCCGCUGACACAGAACCACUGGAGCAGCUGGGCUCAGCGCUGAGGUUUCGUUCCAGCUUGGACAGCGACCCGAUGUCAGGGUUUGGGGCAACUGUAGCCAUCGGCCUGACCAUCUUCGUGCUCUCCGUUGUCACCGUCAUCAUCUGCUUCACCUGUUCCUGCUGCUAUCUCUACAAGAUGUGUCGCCGGCCACCGCGUCCGGUGGUCACCACCACGGCCACCACGGUGGUGCACACCCCUUACCCUCAGCCUCCAAGUGUGCCACCCAGCUACCCCGGACCAACGUACCAGGGCUACCACCCCAUGCCCCCGCAGCCAGGGAUGCCAGCAGCACCCUACCCGACACAGUACCCCCCGCCUUACCCUGCCCAGCUGAUGGGCCCCCCGGCCUACCACGAGACAUUGGCUGGAGGUGCAGCCGUGCCCUAUCCUGCCAGCCAGCCUCCUUACAACCCGGCCUACAUGGACCCCCCGAAGGCAGCCCCCUGAGCCUGUCCCUGCUUCUCUGGCUGCCACUUGGUGUGUGUGUGUGUGUGUGUGUGUGUGUGAGAGAGAGAGAGAGAGAGAGAGAGGGGAGAUGGGUAUGCAGGCACGGCCCUUUUCUCCCCGUGCGUGGUGUUUGUGUCCAGUCUGCACACGAGGCUUCUUGUGAUGCCGUGCUGGGGAGCAGUCAUUGCCAGAGUUGCUGGGACCCUUCUUCGUUCUCUUCCUCACUUGAAAUUGUGCUCUUUUGAAAUCUCAAAAUUCAAAGACUGGGGUGGGAGUUCUUUCCCAUACUGCCCCAGGGAGACCAGGCUGGUGGGGGCUCGUCCUGCUAGGACAGUGGGGCUUUUUGUAGGCAGUGUGCCCACGUGUUCUGGUUUGGGCAGAGUGGCUAGCCACUGCUCAAGGCCAUGGCCUGUCCGCAGGGCAUGGGGUACUCCUCAAGGAACCAGAGCCAUCGUGGCAUGGGGGUGAGGCUCGGGGCCUAAGUUGGGUUUUAAUCCUUUCAGCAGUCGUCCCAUAGUCCCCAGAGCCUGUGCCCUGCCCAGCAGAGGGCGGGCAGCCUCCCGAGACCAAAACACUUGAGGCAGAGGCCCACCCACCCGAGCGCGGUCUGCCUGGACUGUCCCUGCAUCUUUCCUGGCACCACCUGGAGGGCCACGUCCACCCACGGCUCUGGCUGCCCUGGCUGGCCACGACCCCCACCACAGGUAGGCAGGGCGGCCUCUGUCCACCUGCACACUCAGGUGUCCUCCCUGCAGUGUUUUUGUUUUCCUUUCCUUUUAGGCAAAAACAGUUUGCCUGUUUCCUGUUUUAAAAUGUAUGUGAUCAUUUUUGUGAGGCUGAACCCCCUGGGUCCUGGAGGGAAAUUGGCCCACUGUGGAGAGGGACCGUCAGACCUCUGAUAGGCCCUACCUCUCCCCACACCAGCUUCACAGAAUAGCCAGCUCCUGUACCCCAGUCUCAGUGUGUCCUGGCACCCAGGACACCUGGGCCAAGGGGCCGUCUGGACCAAAGGUGGAAGGGGGCCCUAGGUGGCUGCUCUCGACCAGACAUGAAUACCUCGGUGUUCCCUGUUCCUCUGUUAAUAUCUCACCCGAUCUGUCUUAGCUUUGUACCUGUUGAUGUGUUUCUGAGAGUCUAGGGUCUGCACCUUUGUUUAUAAUAAAUGCAAACAUUUGGG